GAAUGGUCACUAAACAAAUGACUGUAAGUCGAGGACUGCCUGCAUUCUCCAAAACGGGGUGUGGUUAGGAGCUAUGCUCAUCAUCUGGUUUCUGAAUCUACCCACAGACAGAUUGUUUAACCGGAAAGUUUGCUUUUACUGGAAGCUGAACAAACCUCUCAAGCAGGCAACUGCAGUCUCUCUCUUGCCUGUCCUGUCAGCCUUCCUAGAUUAAAAAGGAAAGGUCUCUGUCUGGAUUAGCCCAGCAAACUGAUCCAGAUCGUUCCCCUUUGCACAAACGAGCACAGCAACCACAGCCCAGUUUGCAAUAAUUUGGGCAACUUCCGAGUGGACCUUGGAUUACCCUCCCUUUUUUGCCUGGUUCGAGUAUCUGCUUUCCCACGCUGCUGUGUACUUCGACAAAGAGAUGCUAUCCAUUCAGAACCUCAACUAUUCCAGCCAAAUGACCGUUCUUUUCCAAAGACUGUCGGUGAUCGCUACCGAUACGCUCUACAUCUAUGCUGUGUACCAAUGCUGCAGUUGUGUAAACGGGAAGCGGGGUGCAAAAGACCCCUUGGAAAGCCCACCGUUUGUUCUUUCGGUCCUUCUCCUGUGGAAUUUUGGCCUCUUAAUUGUGGAUCAUAUUCACUUCCAGUACAACGGUUUCUUGUUUGGAUUGCUGCUGCUUUCCAUUGCUCGAUUAUUCCAGAAAAGAUACUUAGAGGGAGCAUUUCUCUUCGCUGUCCUCCUGCAUUUCAAGCACAUCUUCCUCUAUGUAGCCCCAGCCUAUGGCGUCUAUCUACUCCGAUCUUACUGCUUCGCCCAAAAUAAUCCAGAUGGAUCUCUUCGGUGGCGCAGUUUCAGUUUUCUACGCGUGAUCGUGCUUGGAUUAAUUGUCUGCCUCGUUUCUGCCGUUUCCUUGGGACCGUUUUUGGUUUGGGGUCAGCUUCCUCAACUUUUCUCUCGCCUCUUCCCUUUCAAACGGGGCCUCUGCCAUGCCUACUGGGCCCCAAACGUUUGGGCGGUGUAUAACUCCCUUGACAAAAUGUUGUCAGUCCUUGGGCUAAAGUAUCAAUUGCUUGACCCUGCAAAAAUACCUAAGGCGGCCAUGACCGGAGGGCUGGUUCAGGAAUUUCAGCACAGUGUCCUUCCUUCUGUGACCCCACUAGCAACCUUAUGCUGCACCGCCAUCUCAAUGGUGCCUUCUGUUUUCUGUCUUUGGUUUAAACCCCAAGGGCCCAGAGGAUUCCUCAGGUGCUUGGUUCUCUGUGCGCUAAGCUCCUUCCUGUUCGGUUGGCACGUCCACGAGAAAGCCAUUCUCCUCGCCAUCCUUCCUUUAAGCUUGCUGUCCGUGGAGAGGUCAAGAGAUGCUGGUAUUUACCUAAUACUGUCCACUACGGGACAUUUUUCCCUCUUCCCACUGCUGUUUACCACCCCAGAGCUGCCCAUUAAAAUAUUGCUGAUGCUCCUCUUUUCGGUAUACAGCUUCUCCUCCCUGAAGGCCCUUUUCAGGAACGAGCCUCUGCUUCACUGGCUGGAAGCAGUCUACCUCAUUGGGUUGAUACCCAUCGGAAUCGUCUGUGAAAUUGUGUUCCCUUUUACUUCCUGGGCUCAGAAACUUCCUUUCCUACCUCUGUUGCUCACCUCAGUGUAUUGUGCUUCCGGCGUCAUCUAUGCCUGGCUCAAGCUGUACAUCUCGGCCUUCACCGGACCAUCGGAAAGCAAACCAAAGAAAGAAGAGUGAUGUAUAUAUCAUGGGUUCCAAGCCGGCAAGGAUCAUUCCAAGAAAGCUCACCACCCACACACAGGUGCCAACAUUGGACGUCCUGUCCAAUUCCAGAAGUGGAGCUUUAAAACACCUUCUUUAAAGACUUGGGGACUUGAAACAAAUCAGAAAGUAAUCAGGUGUUUAAACCAGUGCAGUCUGAAUGCAAUGUAUUGCUUAUUUACAUAAUUGGUGUAGCAAGAAAAAAAUCAAUCUUUUUUCCUUAUUUUUCUUUUGAAUUAUUCUGUCUCCCAACUGCCACAGGGAUGUGCUGAUACAAAUAACAGAGGGAAAUGAACAAUUACUUUCUCCCGAAUAUUAGGACUUGGGUUGAAGGCAAUAAGGGGUUAAAGUUUAAAUAGGCACACUCAAUAACAGAUGUGUAAUUAAUAUAUGUAUGUGUGUCCUUUAUUUAUAAGGACACAUAUAAAGGACACAUGCUGAAUUCCCCAACUCUAUUACAGAAUCACUGUUCUCUAGAAAAAGUUAUCAUGCAGGACAAUUUAAAAAAAUGUGAAUAAAGGAUUCAUUUUUCUAUC